CGUCAAAUGUAUGUUCCAUAUAUACGCCGUUGAUUAAGUUACUAAACAACAGGUAAAAAUGCCAAGGUAACAAAACUUUUGUGAGGGAACAAGACCAGAGUACUUACCUUAACUCAAGUCAUUUCUUCUUCCAUCAAUAUUGAAAAUGAGGCUUUUUAAUUUACUCUCCAAGACCCAAUCUUCUUCUCAUCUGCUAAACCUCAUUUUGGUAUCAUCUUCUGUUUGUGUCACCUAUCUUCUUGCAUCCGUCUUGUUAGUGCACAAUACAAAGCCGCCUCUACUGGUAUAUUCCUCUUCCCAAGAUGCUUAUGCACCAACUACUGUGGAGCAUAUUAUUUUCGGGAUAGCUUCAAAUCAAAACUCAUGGCCGAAGCGAAAGGAUUAUGUUAAGCUAUGGUGGAAGCCUCGUCAAAUGCGUGGAUGUGUGUUUCUUGAAACCAUGCCCCCUAAUGCGACUUCAAGGGAUGAUAAUAAUACUUUGCCUCCUGUUUGUGUCUCGAAGGAUACUUCAAGGUUUCAUUACACUUACAGAGGUGGUCUUCGAUCAGCAAUUCGCGUGGCACGCGUGGUUUUAGAGACCGUUUCCCUUAAUCAUUCUAAUGUACGAUGGUAUGUUUUUGGGGAUGAUGACACCGUUUUCUUUCCAGAGAAUUUGGCGAAGACACUUUCCAAAUAUGACCAUCAGCUCUGGUACUACAUCGGGGCUGGCUCGGAGAUUUAUGAACAGAACAGGCUUUUCGGCUUUGGAAUGGCAUUUGGUGGAGCUGGUUUUGCUAUAAGUUAUCCUUUGGCUAAAGUUCUGACAAAAGUUUUUGAUUCCUGUCUAGAACGAUACCCUCAUCUCUAUGGAAGUGACUCCAGGGUCUACUCUUGCUUGACAGAGCUUGGUGUAGGAUUGACACGCGAGCCUGGCUUUCAUCAGUUUGACGUCCGCGGCAACACAUUUGGUUUGUUGGCUGCCCAUCCAUUGACACCCUUGGUAUCACUCCACCACUUAGAUAAGAUGGACCCAAUCUUCCCUAACAUGACAACCAUUAAGGCUAUGGAACAUUUACUCCAUGCUGCGAAUGUUGAUUCUGAGAGAAUUUUGCAACAAACAGUAUGCUAUGAUCAUUGGUUUUCAUGGACUAUUUCGAUUUCAUGGGGGUAUGUUGUUCAAGUAUAUAGCAAGCACACAUAUUUACCUGAUAUUCUCCCUGUGCAAGAAACAUUCAAGCAGUGGAAAAAGGGAAAUGUUUUAGCAGGAGUGUACACUAUCAACACAAGAGAAUUUCACCCAGAUCCUUGCCAGAGACCAACAAGUUUCUUUCUGGACAGUAUAUCUCUUAGUCAGAAUGGAAUUAAUAGUGUUUACAAGAAAUCUAAUGAAAAUUGCACAAUUUACAUGGGUUCACCAAGGAAACUUGAAGAAAUCAGAGUGUCCACUAAGAAGCUAAACCUCAAUUAUAAGCAGAUGCAGGCACCGAGAAGACAUUGUUGCGACGUGUUACCUUCUACGUCCAGCGCCAAACGUUUGGACAUUGCAAUAAGGGAAUGCAGAGUAGAUGAACUAAUUCACAUGCAUGCAUAG